CUUCUCCCUCUACNCUAUUACUUUUUCAUUUUUAUUUUCUUUCUCGCUGUCAUUUUCUUUCCCCUUAUUUCUCUUCUCCGCUUCUUCAUCUCUCUCAAUCGAUCUGCAGCUCUCUCUCCAAUUCCAAUAACAAAAUCGAAAUCGAACCAACCCACUCAAAAAUCUUCCUCCCAUUUCUCUCUUUGUCAGCAGCCCACGCAGCAUCAACCUCGGCGUUCACAAGCGGCGGCGCGACGAGGCCUUCAGCGGCUGACGGUCGGCGAUGGAACUCGGGAAUCGAUGGGCUCUUACCGUGGAUGUUUGAGCGCCGUCGGCUUAGGGAGCGGCGAUUGAGCUUCGAAGCGACAGCCUUCGGUAGAGCGGACGGCUUCAGGUCGCCGGAGGGUGGUUGGGGUGCUGCCCUCGGAGGUGGUUGGACGGACUGGUGCGGCUGGGCGACGAGUAGCAUCCGAUGGGCUCGACGACCGGAUCGAAUCCUAUCUCUCCACAAUUUCUGGGCUAAAUCUCGGUCCUUGGUGGCAAUGGGUAGACGGCUGUGACUUCCUCCGUGCACGGCUGUACGACCAGAGCGGGUUGCGGACUGAAAAUCGAUGGGGGCUGUGAACGAUGAAGUUCGAUUUCUCCGCGGUACUAGAUCGUGACUUUCAAUCGAUUUUAGACUACGAUUUGAAUUCCUUGACUAUCGGUGAUGAUUUGGCUGACUGGGGGUGAGAGGUGUUCUGGGAUGAUGCUUUGAGUGUGAUAUACUGAAGGACUUGAACAUUGUGGUUUUGUGGUUUUUGCGUAGAGAGAGUCAAUGUAUGAGUGGGAUAUGUUGAUGCCGAGUCCGACGGAGGAGAUUGAGAGAAAAUCGCGUUGAGCAGAGAUGUGGAGGACUGUUUUUUCAUAGAUUAGUGGUUGAUUGGUUAUUAGAUAUAUGGAAGGGAUUAGGUAAAACAUAUAUAUCAAACAAUUGGGUCAAAUUAAAGGGUGUGAUUUUCACCUAAAAUAUUUGAGGUGGUUGUGGGGCUUGUGUUGUUCUGCUGUCAAAAUACAACAUCGAACUCAAGCAGGUCGAGAGUUUCAACGUGAAUUCAUGUCUUACACUUUUAUGCAGCAUUAAUGGCUGCUCAAUUACAACAUCCGAAGGCCUCGGAAACAGUAAAGAUGGUUUUCACCCGAUCCAUCAAAGGUUUGCAGGCUUCCAUGCUUCUCAAUGUGGGUUUUGCAGUCCUGGAAUGUGCAUGUCCUUUUUAUCGGCACUUGCAAAUGCAGAAAAGGCAAAAAAUCGGCCACAACCGUCCAAAGGGUUUUCCAAGCUCACAACCUCAGAAGCCGAAAGGUCUAUUUUGGGAAAUCUUUGUAGGUGUACCGGUUACCGGCCCAUUGCUGAUGCCUGCAAGAGUUUUGCAACAAAUGUUGACUUGGAGGAUUUGGGGCUUAAUUCUUUCUGGAAAAAGGGAGAUUCGAAACAAGUCAUGAUUAGUAAAUUACCACCAUACAGUCCAAAGGAUCUUUCAGAAUUGGGAGAUGGAUUCAAGUCGACGGGUCUUUUGAAUAAUGAGAAAUUUUCGUGGUACAGUCCCGUAACAGUCAAGGAGCUUCAGAAGUUGUUGAAUUAUGAAAUGGUUGAAAACAGGACAAAAAUCAAAUUAGUUGUUGGCAACACAGCAAACGGGUAUUACAAAGAAACUAAAAAAUAUGGCAAAUAUAUCGAUCUGAGGUAUAUUCCCGAGCUCUCGGUAGUUAGAAAUGACGACUCUGGUAUUGAGUUUGGAGCGGCUUUGACAAUUGCCAAAGUGAUAGUUUAUCUGAAAGAGAAAAAUAAAGCGGGCUUAGUUUCCAGUGGAGAUAUGGUGUUCAUCAAAAUUGCUGAACAUUUAGAGAAGCUUGCUUCUGGAUUUGUCCGGAACUCGGCUAGUAUUGGUGGCAAUAUCAUUAUUGCACAGAGGAAAUCUUUCCCGUCAGAUGUUGUUACUCUACUGUUGGCUGUUGGUUCUAGUGUAAGCCUGUUGGCAGGUCAUAAACAUGAAAAAAUUAAUAUUGAGGAAUUCUUGAAUAGACCGCCUUUAGAUCCAAAAACAGUGCUUUUAAGCGUUCACAUUCCUUUCAUAGAACCAAAAACGAUCGAUGGUUCCAUUCAAACUAGCUCAAGAUUAUUUUUCGAAACCUACCGAGCCGCACCAAGGCCUCUUGGAAAUGCGCUGGCCGAUUUAAAUGCAGCUUUCUUAGCUGAUAUCAGUUACAGUAUAAAUGGGAUUGUUAUAAACAAUAUUCAGCUGGCUUUUGGUGCUUACGGGACGGACCAUGCAACAAGGGCAGGAAAAGUAGAGGAAUAUUUAACUGGGAAAGUCCUUGAUAUCAGAGUUUUGUAUGAAGCAAUCAGGCUGCUGAAAAUUGAUGUGGUGCCUAAAGAAGGAACUCCAAAUGCUGCUUACAGGUCAAGCUUAGCAGUAGCUUUUCCAGUCCUUCCAACCAUUUGAACAGCUUAUUGCUAGAGGGAGCUGUUAAAAGCACCAAUGAGAGUAAAAUUAGUCAAAUAGAAGAACCCCCAAUUUUGUCAUCGGCAAAGCAGAUUGUGGAAUAUAGUAGAGAAUAUCAUCCGGUGGGUGCACCUAUGACCAAAUUCGGUGCUGCCAUGCAAGCUUCUGGUGAAGCUAUUUUCGUAGAUGACAUUCCUUCACCACCAAAUUGUUUGCAUGGAGCAUUUAUAUGUAGCACUAAGCCCGUGGCUCGGGUGAAAGGCAUUUCUUUCAAGUCUCACGCUCAACAAGCUGAAGUUUUGGCUGUUAUCUCUGUCAAAGACAUCCCAAAAGAAGGGGAAAAUGUAGGGAUGGACAUGUUUGGUACCGAACCUUUGUUUGCUGAUGAUGUUACUCGGUUUGCUGGUGACCUCAUUGCUUUUGUGGUUGCACAGACACAAAAGAAAGCAAAUUUGGCAGCAAAAUCUGCUGUAAUUGAUUAUGAUACGGAAGGCUUAGAUCCACCUAUUUUAACAGUUGAAGAGGCUGUUGAGCGAUUGAGUUUCAUUGAUGUUCCUUCUUAUUUACGUCCUCAAGAAGUUGGUGAUUUCUCGGAAGGAAUGGCUGAAGCUGAUCACAAGAUUCUCUCAGCUAAGCUAAGACUUAGUUCGCAAUACUACUUUUACAUGGAGACCCAAACUGCCCUCGCAAUCCCAGAUGAAGACAACUGCAUGGUAGUCUACAGUUCGACUCAAAACCCCGAGUAUGCUCAACGAGUGAUUUCAAGAUGUCUAGGUAUUCCCGGUCAUAAUAUCCGUGUCAUUACAAGAAGAGUUGGUGGAGGCUUUGGCGGGAAGGCAACAAAAGCACUCCCUAUUGCCACUGUAUGUGCUCUCGCUGCUCACAAAUUACGCCGGCCUGUCAGAAUGUACAUGGACCGUAUAACCGACAUGAUAAUUGCCGGAGGCAGGCACCCAAUGAAGAUAACCUACACCGUCGGAUUCAAAUCUGACGGCAAGGUCACAGCUUUACACCUGGACAUCCUCAUCGAUGCUGGCAUAACCCCAGACGUAAGCCCCAUAAUGCCGAACAAUUUGGUUGGGACCCUCAAGAAGUACAACUGGGGCGCACUUUCCUUCGAUAUCAAAUUAUGCAAGACGAACCUCGUGAGCAGAUCCAUCAUGCGAGGCCCUGGAGAGGUUCAAGGAUCUUUCAUUGCCGAGGCAAUAGUCGAGCACGUGGCUUCGUUUCUCGAUUUCGAGGUGGAUUACGUGAGGAAUGUGAAUUUCCACACGUACGAGAGCUUGAAGCUGUUUUACGGAGACUCUAGCGGGGAGUUAUUCGAGUACACUCUGAAAUUUAUUUGGGAGAAGGUGGGGAGGCUUUCGUCUGGGUUUGAGCAGAGGGUGAGGAAUGUGGAGCAGUUUAACCGGGCCCACGUUUGGUGUAAGAGGGGAAUAUCCCGUGUGCCGAUUGUGCACGGUGUGACAGUGAGGGCUUCGCCAGGGAAAGUGAGCAUACUUUCAGAUGGGUCUGUAGUUGUGGAGGUUGGGGGGAUAGAAAUCGGGCAAGGGCUGUGGACGAAGGUUCGACAGGUGGCGGCGUAUGCUCUUGGGAGGAUUGGGUGUGAGAAUUUGGUUGAGAAAAUUCGGAUUGUGCAGGCUGAUACUCUGAGUUUGGUGCAGGGAGGGUUAACAGCUGGCAGCACGACUUCUGAGUCGAGCUGUGAGGCGGUUAGGCUGUGCUGUAAUGUCUUGGUCGAGAGAUUGGUCGUAGUUAAGGAGGAGCUGAAUGAGGAAAUGGGUUCUGUGAAAUGGGAUGAACUGAUUCUCCAGGCAUAUAAUCAAAAUGUAAAUAUGGCAGCAAAUACUUACUUUGUGCCCGACUCCAGUUCUGCUGAUUACUUGAAUUAUGGUGCUGCAGUAAGUGAGGUGGAGGUAAAUAUCCUAACUGGUGAGACGAAAAUAUUGAGAACGGACAUUGUGUAUGAUUGCGGCCAGAGCAUGAACCCAGCUGUCGACAUGGGACAGAUUGAAGGGGCAUUCGUACAAGGGCUCGGUUUUUUCAUGCUAGAAGAAUACCCGACCAAUUCGGAUGGGUUGGUUGUUGCAAACGGGACAUGGACGUACAAAAUCCCGACAAUCGACAAUAUCCCAAGAGAAUUCAACGUUGAAAUAUUGAACAGCGGGCAUCACAAGGAACGCAUUCUCUCAUCUAAGGCUUCCGGUGAGCCCCCACUGCUUCUGGCGGCAUCAGUGCACUGUGCCACACGAGCAGCGAUUAAAGAAGCAAGAAAGCAGGUGAAGGAGUGGGGAGGUUUGGAAGGGACUGAGUCGAUAUUUCAGCUGGAUGUGCCGGCUACUAUGCCGGUUGUUAAGCAGCUCUGUGGUCUUAACUCGGUUGAGACUUACUUGCAGUCCUUGCUCUCUACUUGAUUCGCCCGAGUUAACUUGCAAGUAUUUUUAUCCAAGUGUGUGUAUGGGUGUAAUUACCGUUAAAGUUACAUUUUUAUACAUAUAAUAAAUGUGUGUAAUAUAAAUUUGUGUAUAAAUGUUUAAUUUUUAUAUCAUGUUUAAUGUUUUAUUAACAAUUGAAAAGUGAUGAACCAUGCCCAUUUUUAGUUACCAA